GCAGGACUUCGUCAAGCAGGAACUCAUCAAGGAGGGACCAUCAUAGGAUGUCAAAGAAGGAAGAUGAUAAGGAGCCAGGCAACUCGCAAGAGCAUCCUCACCACCAUCAUAGGACUUCUAAAACAGGAGAUGCUCAUCACCAUCGCACCAGGACCUCCGAUGUAUUAAAGACUAAGAACUCAAGUUCUGCUCCUGAGGCGUCAACUCCAGCGGGGGUGCAUCGUCAUCACCAUGUAGUUCAUAGGACGACCUCUAGUACUAUUAAAGGUGAGCCUGACUCCAUAGUAGAGGAGUUUCAUUCUGAGCAGCUGAACGCAGAGGACCACAGCAGGAGGAGGAUGAGCCAGGAGGAUGCAGCAC